AUGCACCGGUCCAGCUCGGCACGCAGCCACGCUGCUGACCACUAUGAAGCCCGGUUUCCAGGCCACCGGAGGAAGGGCGGGGCCAGCGGCUUCAAGGGAGGGGAGAGACGGAGAGGGCUGGGGGAAUGCUACCGAAAUGGCGACACCUGGGGUCGGAGUCGAGGUCGCCUGCCGCUAGGUCAACACGGGACGUCGUUUCAGAGAGCAGCCGGGCGUAUGAAGGAUGCCGAGGAGUGGUUUCGAAAAGCGUUGAAGGCUCAGGAGACCGGUGGACUUACGUCAAGCCAUCAGGCCGUCUUUGUAAUGGUCGAAUUGGGGGAGUGUGCGCAGAAGGUGGGGCGUUAUCAGGAGGCGGAAGCGUGGUUUCAGCGAGCGCUGGAGAUCGAGGAGGCCAUGUUGGAGCCCGCCGAUGUCCAGGUUGCCUAUUCGCUGCGCGCCAUGGGUAAAUGUAAGCAGGAAGCGGGAAAAUUUGAGGAGGUGGAAGCGUGGUUUCAGGGAGCGCUUAGGAUCAAGGAGGCCAAGUUGGGGCCGGUUGAUGUCCAUGUUGCCUACACGCUAUACCAGCUGGCUCUGAGUGUGAGGAGGGCGGGGAGGCCGGGGGAUGCAGUGCCGUUGUUUGAGCGAGCGCUAGAGAUCAAGGAGGCCAAGUUGGGGCCCGACGAUGUGAGGGUUGGCUACACGCUGCACGAUCUGGCUGUAAGUGUGCGGGAGGCGGGUCGGCCGGAGGAUGCAGAACCGUUGUUUUAGGCGGGCCCUUGAGAUCAGGGAGGCCAGGGUUGGGGCCCGACG